AUGUACGAAAGACCAGAGGGAAUUGAAAAUUGCAGAAUUUGGAUAGAUGGGUGUUUUGAUUUUGCUCACCAUGGCCACGCAGGGGCAAUGUUACAAGCACGGCAAUUGGGUAAGGAAUUGUAUGUUGGUGUGCACUCUGAUGAAGAAAUAUUGGCCAAUAAAGGUCCCACCGUUAUGAGAUUGGACGAGAGAAUUACUGCUGUUGAAGCGUGCAAAUGGACCACGAGGGCAAUUGCCAACGCACCAUAUGUUACUGAUCCCAAAUUUAUGGAUGAGUAUGGAUGUCCCUAUGUUGUUCAUGGAGAUGACAUAACAACAGACGCCAAUGGUGAAGACUGCUAUCAAGUAGUUAAGGAUAUGGGCAGAUUUGUUGUUGUUAAACGUACCCCCAACAUUUCUACUACCGAUUUGGUUGGCAGAAUGUUGUUGAUGUCCAAAGAUCAUCACUAUCCAGCGAUUCUGAGAGCCACUGAAACCUUGUUAACCCAAGACAAUUUAGAUAGAUUCAAACGCUACGCCACUGAUGAAACAGGGUUGAAUGCAGGAUCUGGUGUUUAUUUGAAUCGAGGCGAGUUGGAAGUGAUUGUGAGUCCCAAGACCGAAAUUGGUGAUAUUGUUUACAUUGACGGUGGAUUUGAUUUGUUUCACCCAGGGCAUAUUGAGAUACUCAAGAUUGUACAACAAGAGGCAAAAAAGUUGGGGGCCAAAGUUGUUGUUGGUAUUCAUGAUGAUGCUGAGGUCAAUCAAUACAAGGGGUUAAACUACCCGAUAAUGAAUCUUUUGGAAAGAUCUUUAUGUGUUUUGCAAUGCAGAUAUGUUGAUGCAAUAAUAUUGGGUGCACCUUAUAUCCCAACACCCGAGUUCUUCAGCAAGUUGGGCAAGUCUAAGGUUAUUAAGGUGUACCAUGGUCCAACUGAGAUUGACCAAGGUGUCUACGAUGAGAUAGAUCCGACUAUUUACGAGACAAUAGGAAAGCACAAGUAUGACGACAUGAAUACUGAAUUCAUUGUAAACAGAGUUUUAGCCAACAAACAGGCUUACGAAGAAAGACAAAAGAGAAAGGGUUGGAAAGCAGAAAUUGAGAAGAAAUUGAAACAAUCUGAACAAUCGCAACAGUAG